AAAAAUCUUGAAAACCUCCAAAAUUUAAAUCUCUCAAAUCAUUAAACCCGCCGGAAUACACACACUUUUUAGUUUCUACAUCUCAUCUUCAAUUCUUCAUUUUGAAAUGGAAAAUCAACAACCACCCACUUCAUUACUCUCAGAUUUAGACCAACCCUUUACAGAUGAAGAGCUAAAAGCCAUUGAUGCUGCUUUUGAAGCUGUUUCAUCUUCAUCCUCCACUUCUUCUGUUAAAAAACUCGUUUCCGGCGACUCCCCCUCCGACCCUCGGCCCAAAACUCGCCGGAGAUUGCCGGAGUCAGUUAAAGAAUCCAUUCGAAAAACCCCAUUAAAAGAAAACAAUUUAAGGUCAUCUAGCAGGUUGAAAUGGCUCAAGAAUCUUGAUUUGCCCUCUCAACAAGACAAAGCAACGGUAAUAUACCCAGAAGUAAGGUUUCAGGGCACAAUCGUGUAUAGCAGAACUGCUUCCGAGGUGGAUAGGGCUUCAAAGGAGCUUCUUAAAUUUGUUCAAGCUAAGAAGAGAGAAGCAGGUCACACUGUUCUAGGGUUUGACAUAGAGUGGAGACCCACAUUUAGAAGAGGUGUUCUUCCAGGAAAGGCCGCAGUUAUGCAGAUAUGUGGAGAUGCAAAUCAUUGUCAUGUAAUGCAUAUUAUCCAUUCUGGAAUUCCCUUGAGUUUGAAAUCUCUUCUUGAGGAUCCUUCUUGUAUUAAGGUUGGUGUUAACGUUGGAGGUGAUGCUAAUAAGGUAUACAAAGAUCAUAAUGUAUCUGUAGAAGCUCUGCAAGAUUUGUCAAGUCUAGCCAACCAGAAGCUCGGGGGCAAGCCAAAGAGGUGGAGUUUAGGAUCUCUAACAGAAACGCUUAUUUGCAAAAAGCUUCCAAAGCCCACCCGUGUCAGAUUGGGAAACUGGGAGGUUGCUUCUUUAUCCAAGGCCCAACUCGAAUAUGCUGCAACAGACGCUUUUGCUUCCUGGUACAUGUACGAGGUGCUAAAGAAAUUUCCAGAUCCUUCUAGUAACAAGAAUGAGGAACUAGAAACUGUAGCAGCAGAGCAACCUUUAGCAGUGGCCAGCUGUAAGUAAUAUUUGUAAAUAGUUCGCAUCACAUUGUCCAUUGUCAUUCUCAUGAAGAUGGGCCGAGUGAUUCAAAAUAAACGCAUUUAUAAAUUAAUGUUUGCAAACAUUAAUUUCUUAUAGUGCAGUUAUAUUGUGACUAUGUCCUCAGAUCACAUUUUUGUCACCCCCCCUCUUAACAUUGUAAUUUCAGUUAAUUUAUUACUUAUAUGAAUUUUUAGUAAUCUUAUUACAGUAA